AAGCCCGAAAAUGUUUGUAGUGGAACCUUGGUGGUAUUUAGGCGUCCCAUUUUCCGCGUUGUUUUCGGUCCUCUUUCCUCAGUUCAAAGGAAAUGAACAUAGAUUCUCGUCGAAUUUUCUUUUGAUUUUUUAAAACCCCCAAAAUAUAGGGAGUAAAAAUUUAGGGGAAAUUAACAAAUAUCUGAACCCUUUUGAUUUUACUCCCCUUUUACAAUUACGCGGUCAAUUUUGUGUACCCAGCUCAACUUUACGUUUUUUUUUUCAAUUGUUAGAUCUAGUCAAUUUUCAAAUAUCAGGGUCCAAAUUUCAACUUUCAUUUCGGCCAAAUUCUUAUAAUUUAUCAGAGAAUAAAACGGCAUUAUUCUUGCUGAAACGCAUGCAGAGUGAUUAAUUCAAUUGAUUUUCUCAAUUGGGUUCAUUUUAUUUGGAGAUUUUUCUUCAUUUUAGGCCAAGAAAUUUCUGUAUUUUCUGGGUAUUGCUCAAAGUUUAAAUUUUUGAGGAUUUAGGCUUUGAGGGUCAACUUAGAACAAGUCAAAUUGCCUCAAAUUUGGUAACUUUUGGGAUUUUGUGGUAAAAAUUGAAUUGGGUAUGUGGAGUUCUGCAAAAAGGUGAAAAUUUUGUUGCAUUUUCUAGAAAAAAAUUGAAACCCUUUAUAGGGUUUUAUGUUGUUUUUAUUGGCUUUAGUGGCUGGGAAUUUAAAGGUUUUGGGUUUAUUGAUGAGAUGAUUAGGAUUCUUUGUGUUUGUGAUGGUGAAGCUACCAAAGAUGCGUAUAAAAGAUGUGGGUCUUUCGAUGGUGUUUGUUCUUCUAUUAUGGUCUUCUUUAGGGAUGACCCUAGAAGAUAGGAAGGUGAUCAGGGAAAUACUUUCUGGGUUCGACCUCGAUUCGGGUUCUGAAGACUCAGAUGAAAAUUUGGUGGAGGUACUCGCUAUUAGUUGCAGGCUUGAGUUGUUGCAUGUGAAUCAAAUUUAUGGAGAUCUUGGUUUUAAUAACCCAGAUGCUUCGGUCGCAAGAACUGGAAAAAAUCUAAACAAUCAGGUGUUCACAAAGGAAAAUGUUCGAAAAGCUCUCAGCGUUCUAGAGCCACAGAAAAGGAAAAAUCUUUUCAAAUGCUUCAGGGAGAAUUAUCUCAUCUCCCCAAUCUCUGGUGAAGAUGUCAGUCCUGUUAGUUGGCUCUAUAAAAAUCUGGAUACCCAGUUCCCAAAAUUGAAGCCCACUGCCGACUCAAGAAGGCUUUUGGCUGAAGCUCCUUCUCGUGCCCCUUCACCUCGUUCCUCUCGAUCCAAAGGCUCUGGUUCAAAGCACAAAGCCCCACCUCCAGAAGACAAGUUUUCCAUUCCAUUUCAUGUUCCCGACUCCCCACCGGGUGCAGAUUCUGAGUCAGACUCAGCGGCAGACAAUGGUAGUAGUGGGCACAGCGAGACAACAAUUAUUGCUGUUGUUGUUGUUACUGCAGUUGUAACAUUUUUGGCUGCUUUGAUUCUAUUUUUAUGCUGCCGCAAAGCAUUGGGUGGAGGUUCAAAAUUGGAACAUAAGGAUGACAGGCCCCUUCUAAGCUUAAGCUUGAGUGACCAAACUGCUAGUUCUUCGUCAAAAACUUGGGCUUUUGAAAAUUCUGUUCACAAUGAAAAGAUCAGCAAUGACAACUUGAGUAGCUCAAUAGGUGCUAUAUCUUCAGACACAAAGUUUUCGAUGGAAACUGCUAACCAUGUGAUUGUAUCUAGCAACAGUAACGCAUCAGAAGCACUGAAGCCACCUCCUGGAAGAACUGGUGUCCCCACCCCUGGGAUGCCUCCUUUGAAGCCUCCCCCUGGGAGAGCAGAGCCCUUGCCACCUGAACGUCCUGCUUCCUUGAGGCCAGGUCCAGGCACAGGAAGCCCGUCACCUCCUCCUCCUAAACCUCCAGCAGCUGCUCCUCCCCCUCCUAAAAAGUCAGGUCCACCUCCACCUGGGCCUCCACCACCACCACCAGCUCGUGGAGGGAAGCCUGGCCCUCGGGCGCCACCACCGCCGAAGAGUGGGGCAUCCCGUCUUCCACCAGUUGCUGUCAAAGCUGGUGGUGCUAAUGCAGAUGAUGCUUCAAAAGCAAAGCUAAAACCAUUCUUCUGGGACAAGGUUCAGGCCAAUCCUGAGCAUUCAAUGGUUUGGGACCAACUUAAAUCCGGGUCUUUCCAGUUUAAUGAAGAGAUGAUAGAAUCGUUAUUUGGUUAUGCUGCUGCAGAGAACAAAGAUGGCAAAAAGAAAGAGUCUUCCUCCCGCGAUCCACCAUCACAAUUCAUUCAACUUAUAGAUCAGAAAAAGGCUCAAAAUCUAUCUAUCCUCUUGCGGGCAUUAAAUGUGACAACAGAAGAAGUCCGUGAUGCUUUGCUAGAAGGGAAUGAGCUUCCUUCGGAGCUCCUUGAGACUUUGUUAAAGAUGGCUCCUAGUCCAGAAGAAGAACUGAAACUGAGACUAUUCAAUGGUCAAAUUUCUCAACUUGGACCAGCUGAGCGGUUUUUAAAGGUUUUGGUCGAUAUCCCAUUUGCCUACAAGCGACUUGAGACAUUACUCUUUAUGGGUAUUCUUCAUGAAGAAGCUACGACAGUUAAGGAAUCCUUCAUAACUCUAGAGGCUGCUUGCAAGGAACUCAGGAACAGUCGCCUUUUUCUGAAGCUUCUAGAAGCUGUGCUUAAGACGGGCAACCGUAUGAAUGAUGGAACAUAUCGUGGUGGGGCCCAGGCAUUCAAGCUGGAUACACUAUUGAAAUUAGCUGAUGUCAGAGGGACAGAUAGCAAGACCACACUUCUCCAUUUUGUUGUUCAGGAAAUAAUCCGCUCAGAAGGUGUGAGGGCUGCUCGUGCUGCUCGAGAGAUGAAAAGUGUGUCUAGCAUUAAAUCGGAUGAUCUUUUGGAAGAUAUCCCAGAUGAUUCUGAGGAACACUAUCGGAGUCUUGGUCUUCAGGUUGUUUCAGGAGUAGGUGACCAGCUAGAAAAUGUUAAGAAAGCAGCAUGUUUGGAUUCCGAUAGCUUGACAAGAUCUCUUGCCAGGCUUGGAAAUUCUUUGCUUAAAGCACAGAAUUUUCUUAACAAAGAUUUGAAGGAAGUGGAAGAAGAUACUGGAUUCAUUGAAGCCCUUAAAAGCUUUAUAGAGCAUGCUGAGGGGGAUAUCAUGCGGUUAUUGGAGGAAGAAAAGAGGAUUAUGGCCCUUGUGAAGCAUACAGCUGAUUACUUCCAUGGAAAUUCUGGGAAGGAAGAAGGGUUACGUUUGUUUGUUAUAGUUCGGGAUUUCUUAAUAAUGCUGGAUAAAGCAUGCCGAGAGGUGAAAGAGAAGCCAAAGUGGCCUACUGGUAAACAGAAGAAAAAAGACCCUCCUUCGCGGCAAGCGUCUUCUACUGAAACACCUCGAACACCAAUAACCCCUGACUUUCGCCAAAAGCUUUUCCCAGCUAUUGCAGAGCGGCGGAUGGAUGAUGGUUUCAGUUCAGAUGAUGAUUGAGGGAACAGGUUCUCUUGUUUCGAUAGUGAGGUAAAUUUCAUUGGACCUUGGGAUCAGCAGAGAAUUGAGGGCUUCCAUCUGAAAUCCCAAGACUGAGAAGAUCAACAUUCGGCGUUCACAUUCCUUCUGAAGCUAGUUAUCCGCAUUCCUCCUGAAGCUAGUUAUCCCCGUCCCUUCUGAAGCUAGUUAUUCAGAAGCUCAGACGACUUCGGAGCAUAUAGAACGCAAUAUCUGAUCAUCGGUGCCACAACUGUGUAUCAUGUUCACGGAUCCCCCAUGUAGAAUACACCUUCAGAUCUUACUGACUCAUUAUGAUUGUUUUUUCACCCUGUAAUUUAAUUUAUUUCAUUGUUAUGGUCAAUUAAUUUUUGGAAA